CUCACUCAGUAGUCAGAGUACCCCACGGCCGGGAGUCUCACUCUCACCUAAAUGCAAAUUCCGGAAUCAGAGAGAAAGAAAUCUCAGCCGAUUACAGAGCAGGAUUAGCGAUCAAAGAUGGUUUCGGCCGUUCAGGGCUUGAAAUCUCCUCUUUCUUCGAGCUUUCCCUCCAUAUCCAGACCAAGAGCAGCCGCUCGCAACCGCUCCUCCGCUAGGGUUCAGGUUACCUGCUCGAGCUCUACUCCGGAGAAUACUCCUCUUGUCAUCGUGUUGGUUGCGGGCAGAGAAGCCGCAGAUGAACGACGCCCCUCCGGUUACCGGCGGCGCGUAUGAUUUUGAGAGGGCGACGAGCUCUCUGGCCGGGAAGUUGCUGUCCUCUCCGAAGAAGGUUACGAUUGUGAGGCACGGGCUUAGCACGUGGAAUCUGGAGAGCCGAGUUCAGGGAAGCUCGAAUUUGUCUGUGUUGACGGAAACUGGAAUAAUUCAAGCGGAGAUGUGCAGGGCGGCUUUAUCAGGGAUGCACUUUGAUCAGUGCUUUGCGAGCCCGAUAACUCGUGCUAAGUCUUUUGCUGAAGUGAUAUGGGAAGGGAGGGAAGAACCCAUCAUUUUCCUUGAUUCACUGAAAGAGGCUCAUCUCUUCCACCUCGAAGGCUUGAGAAAUGUGGAUGCUAAGGCAAACUAUCCCGAGUACACGAUGUGGAGAGAGGAGCCUGUCAACUUCAAUGUGAAUGGUGUCUACCCGAUCCGAAAUCUGUGGCUUACAGCAAGAGAAGCAUGGAAGGAGAUCUUGCUGUCACCUGGAGAAAAUUUCCUGGUUGUCACACACAAGUCGAUAUUACGGGCAUUGAUAUGCACAGCUUUGGGGCUUGGUCCGGAAAGGUUCAGGGCAGUUGAUGUGAACAAUGGAGGCAUAUCUAUGUUUGAUAUCAACACCAGAGGAGAAGCAAUGGUUCAGUCUUUGAACAUGACUGCUCACAUGUAUACCAACCAUGUGUAUCAUUAGGUGAAACUACUAGUGUGUUGCAAGCCACCCUGUGGAAUUUGCUGUUGAAUUCAGAUGACGAGAGAACCUAUUUGUAACAACUUUUAGUGGGAAUCUACUUUGUAAGCAUUCUGAGUUUCGUUCGGUUGGAAUUUGAUUGUAUAAGUUCUGUAUAGUUUCAGCCAAUCCUGACGAUUGGAGUUUUACUUUGUAGAUAAUGAAACCAUAUUGUAGCUGUUUCUUACUUGAAGC